CGCGCCUUUUCAGCUCGGGAUACAAACAAAAAAGCUGCUCGUGUAUCCAGGACAGCGCAUGCGGGAAUAAGUGAGCGCGUUUACAGUGCAGUGGAAUUAUGGAUGUUAUUCCGAUGUGCAGCAUCUUUCAGGAGCUCCAGACCGUGCAUGACACGGGCUAUUUCUCCGCGCUCCCCUCGCUGGAGGAGUACUGGCAGCAGACAUGUCUGGAGCUGGAGAGGUAUCUGCAGAGAGAGCCGUACGUGUCCGUUUCUCCAGCCGAGCUGAGGUCAGUGUGUGGCUCGGAUGAUUUGUGGACACAGUUAAUACGCUGCUGUGGCGAGACUGGCAGCGCCGGUGACGAUAAGUGCCAGGACGUCCUUCCGAACGCCGAGGGCGCGGACAGCGGAGUAGAGUUCUCCCCGUCCGACGGUCUCCUCUCCCCUCCUCUCAACGACAUAAUGGUCGCGCUCUCUUCUCAACCCUCGUCACCUGAAAUAGUAACGGGCGACGUGCUCUCCCUUUCCCUCGGGCGUGUGGCAGAGGUGACUGGCGAGGAGGAGCGGUUGGAGGCAGGAGAGGUGAAAGAGGAAGGGUUGCCGGAAGGAAAGAAGCGAGUGCAUCACUGUCAUUUUAGUGGCUGCAGGAAAGUCUACACCAAGAGCUCUCAUCUGAAAGCACAUCAGCGCACGCACACAGGCGAGAAGCCCUACAUGUGUUCCUGGGCCGGCUGCAAGUGGCGAUUCGCUCGCAGCGACGAGCUCACUCGACACUACAGAAAGCACACCGGGGUGAAGCCUUUUAAAUGCAGCCACUGCGACAGGUGUUUCUCUCGUUCUGACCAUCUGGCUCUGCAUAUGAAGAGACACGUUUGAGCGAGCGGAGAGAGGGACGGCGAGGGAAAGCUGCAUGACGAGAGAGAGAGCGAGAGAGAGAGAGUCCGAGUGUGAGAGAGAGUCCGAGUGUGAGAGAGAGUCCGAGUGUGAGAGAGAGUCCGAGUGUGAGAGAGCGAGAGAGAGAGAGAAUAUCUGUGGUUCUGUGGAAGAAUGACUGUGGUUAUGAAAGGAUGUUGAAUUUAUGCACUAUCCGGCGCACACACAUGCUGUACAUAUCGGAGCAGUGACUCAAAAGUGCAGCACCUCCUGUGGUCAAAGGUGGAAGUACAUUCCAGAGAUCACGUUUCAGCCCCGUUUUCCGAGCAGCCGACUCAUCUUGGGGAGAUUUUUCAAUUUCCUAGACGUGGCAAGUGCCUGUUAGACAAAUAGCCAAUUAGUCAAGUAAAAUUGCCAGUCAGUGUGUGUUGCAGGUGUCAGAUUUACAAAAUACUGUAUAAUACAAGGCAGGAAUACACCCUCGGUGGGCAGGCUGCCAAUCUAUCAUUGAAUGACCCACAAUUACACCACAUCUUGGGUAGAGUGCCUGGGAAACCCCACACAGACAUAGGCUGCAUCGAAUACUUCCAUACUAAACAGUACGCAAAUGCAGUAUGAGAGAGCUGGUGGUGUGUCCCAAUACAUAGUAUUUAUUAAACAGUAUGCGAAAAGUAAUCGAAUCUAAUCGAGUCGUAUUCAAUUACCCUGGUUGCGUUAUGAUUCACCUCUACCGAUACAACCCUCCACUGAUGACUGAGGAGCUUCGCAAAUGACACACGCCCCCUCCGACACGUGUGCAGUACCGACUGCCUCUUUUCACCUGCACGAGGCGAGUUCAUAUGCGGAUCAGCCUUGUGCACACCCUGAUUAACGCAUUAUUCCCCAACUCUGCGCAGGCGCCAUCAAUCAGCCAACAGAGGUCGUAAUUGCACCAGCUAUGAGGAACCUGGUCCGGCUUUCCCAUCCCUGAGCAACAGCCAAUCGUUGUUCAUGUGGCCGCCCAGCCCAGCCGGAUGGCAGAGCUGAGAUUCGAUACUAUGCAAACACAGCACACUGCGGUCCGAUAAUCUAUCCCAUAAUUCAACUUGAGCUGCAAAGGCGUUCGAAGCGGAGGAAGAAAGAUGGCCGAAAGCGGAAACUCUGAGUACAACUCUGAAUGACGUUACGGGUAGCUUUGUGGAGAAUGACCGAAUAAAUUGGCAUAACUGUAGCGAUGUGAUGUCAUGCAUCACGUGACGUUGGUAAGAUGGCGGACAUGACCGCCACAGGUUGCGCGCAUACUGCACACUUGCGUACUGAAAGAGCGUACUGCUUUACCGGCCGAGCAGUGCGCACUGCCUCGAAUUUUGUACGUACUGUUUAAGUACGAGUGCAGCACGGCGGCUCUGUCGCCUCAC